AUUCUCAAUCUUAUUUUUUUUCUGACAGCUAUGCACAAAAUAGCUUCACAUUGUGGAAUUCGAUGUCUCGUGUGGAUAUCCAGAUUUGAUGAUCUCUGCUCUGCAAGGGACAAGGGAGUGGGGGAAAAGAAGUGUGAGAUCCCUGCACCGGUAGAAUGGAGGUCAGCGUUCCAUAAAUAAAACCACCGCACCAACCAGCGCGAGAGGUGAGUGGUGCGGGUGCGUGGCCGCUCGCAGGCCCCCGGUGCACCGCAUCGCGCUCAACCACGUCCACGGACGCAUCAUGCCGCCCCGCUGCUGCCUCGCUUUCUCCAGCAGCGGCAGCGGCUCUUGCCGCCGCGCCAUGUGCUCGCAUCCACCUCCGACUCCUCCUGCGCACUGACCCGCCCAGCCACAGGAACCAAGACACUGCCGUCAUGCGCGCGCCGCCCAGGCGGCCGUCCCCUGCUCCUGCGCCUGCUCCGUGCGCCGCCAGCUCGCCGCCUUCUCCCUACGCGGCGUUCGCGUCGCCGGGUCCUGGCCCGGUGUUCGCGGGCGGUGGCGGCGCCGGACCGAGCCUGAGCCCGCCGCUGAUCGCGAUGCUAGCGGUGGUGGGCGCGGCGCUGCUGGUGGUGCUGUACGCGCGGCUGGUGAGCCGCGUGUUCCGCGCGGCGCGGCGGCGGUGGAGGCGGCGGCGCCGCCUCCGGCUGCUGCUGAUCCCAGGGUCCCCCUCGGCGCGCGGCGGGGACGACUCGUUCGCGUCCUUCACCACGUACGACAACUACUACCACACCUUCUCGCCCUACUGCGGCCUGGACGCCGCCGCCAUCAAGUCGCUCCCGUCGGCGCAGUACCCGGGCGGCGGCGGCGGCGCGUGCAGGGAGUGCGCGGUGUGCCUGCUGGAGUUCGCGGGCGGCGACGAGCUCCGCGCGCUGCCGCUGUGCGCGCACGCGUUCCACGCCGACUGCAUCGACGUGUGGCUGCGCGCUCACGCGUCCUGCCCGCUGUGCCGUGCCGCCGUGGCGCUGCUGCCGCCGCCCGUCGCGUCGCCGCUGCACCGCGCCGCGCGCCGGGUGCGGCCCAGCCUGGACGACCUCCUCUUCUUCCACCCGGUGCCGCAGCCGCAGACGCUGGCCGAGCAGCAGCAGCAGCAGCAGGCGGAGAUCGCGCCGGCCAGCCCGGACCAGCAGCUGCUCUCCGCGGCCGCCGGCGCCAGGGACUUCCUGCUCAAGCGCUCCUACUCCUUCGGCUUCGAGCGCAACCUCGCCGUGGAGGCGUCGUCCCCUCCGUGGCGCUACCGCUCGGUUGUCGCCGCAACCGACGGUGGCGCGGCCUCCCGCGGCCGCGGCUUCUGGAGCAAGCGCUGGCCAUCCCCGUUCGGCGGCGGAUCCGCGGCCGCCCGCGUCUUCUCCUUCCGGUCGUACCGCGGCGCGGCGGGCAAGCCGUCCCCGUUGUCCCGCCGGUGCCGCGGCGGGAGCGGCUUCUUCAUGUCGCUGGCGUCGGAGCCGCCGUCGGUGCUGGCCGCGGCGAGGCGGAGCCGCGCGGCCGCCGCGUCCAGCCGGCUCCGGUGCGGGGACCCCGAGGCGCUGCUGUCGCCGGACCGGCUGGCUGAGCCGCUGAGGCAGCGGCUGUGACUGUGACUGUGACUGUGUGCGGAUCUCGGUCUCGCUGGCCGCUCGUGGUGGUGGGCCUGGCGCCUGCGUGGAGACGAGGGCGGGCAGUAAUGGCGCGAUAAAUGCGACGCCCUGCCACGGUUUUAAUGGCGGGAGGACGUGUGCCCAGACCGCGUGGUGGUGUCGCUUCCGGUUCCGCCCCUAGCAGCACUCACUCACUCCCACGGGCCACUGCGCUUGGCUCCGCAGCGCAGCGCAGCGCUGUCUCCUCUGCUCUCUCGUCUCGUUUGACCAUGGGCGUGUAGGGGCCACCAGUGGGCACGGGCAGGCAUGUCCGGGCCGUCCGAUCAGAAAACGACGGCAUCGGAUGGAGCCCCCGUUUUCUCGCCGGACGGCCUCGAUCAAGCGUCUCCUGUUUUCGACUGUAUUUUCAGCGAAGCGAUUGUUCUGCUGCGUCUUGGGUCUCCGAUGGGCACUCCGCUCUUCUGAGUCUCCACUCUCCACCGGGGUUGUUUCAUAGAAAUUUGCAUCCCA